CCUUUCCCUCUCCUAAUUUUAACUUAAAACCUUUUGUUAACCACCCUUCGCAUUCCUUGUCCACAUAAUUAAGACAACACACAUCCCUCCACCAUAGUGAUCCUAUUCCUCUUCCCUCUCUUACCCACUCAAACCAAUUGCCUCCUCUCCCACCAUACUUACUAUCUAUUACCUUAUCCCACAGGCCUUGUUCUUUUUAUGCUAACUGUCCCCACCAUUUCCCCAUCAAAGCCAAAUUAAACUUCCUCAUAUCUUUCACUCCUAGUCCCCUAUCUUGUUUGCUUUUAGGUUUAAGUACCAUUUUGGUCCCUCAACUUUACACUUUGGUACCAAAAUUGUCCCUCACCUUUAAAAAGUAUCAAAAUUAUCCUCAAACUUUCAUUUUCGACACAAACCCAGAUCUGGGUUUGUCUCAAGCCCCGAUCUGGGUUUGAGACACAAACCCAGAUCUGGGUUUGCUUGUAGAUAUCGACCUCACCAAUGGCAUUAAACUCACGAGUUUAGACAAAAUCUUCCUCUUAAGGUAGUCAUUGACCAGCUCUUCAUCAGUCAGGUGGAAUCGAAAUCCUGGUGCAAGAGCUGUCGCUGCCGUGGUCCCUAUCUUCCCGUUGGCCGUGGUGACAAUUGUCGAAUUGCUCUCGCGACCCAUCACAGAAUCCUUAGCAGAGACUCGAUUCGGAGCCUAGGUUUGUGUUUCACGGGGGUGAUGGGGAUUCGGAGAGGUAGUGUGGAUCCCAUUUAUGGAGAUCGAAGGGUUGAGAGUCAGGUGGACGAGUUUGGGGGUCCUUGAGAGUCUGGUGGUUGGAGAAGAGGCCAAGGUGGACUACGGGGCGGUUUUGAGACGGCUUCCGGCGGCUGUAGAAGAAGUAGGGGAAGAAAAGGAGGGUAUAGAUCUGGUUUUGUUCUUUUGCUUAUUUUGUGUUUUCUAUGUGUAUUUUCUGAGUUGAUUAAGUGGUUUUCGUGUUGAUUAUUUUCGAGAUUAGAUCUGCAGUUGGCUUGUAUGUGAUUUGGUUCGAAUUGCUUUUUUUCUAGAAAUUCUUUACUCUUUUUAAUCUAUGUCCCUUUCUGUUAGUUGGCUUAGGAGAUCUCGGCUUUGUUGUUUAGUAUAUUCGAGAUUAGUUUCCAUGUUAUGUGAUGAAACGCAUAUCUGGGUUUGAGAAAAACCCAGAUUUGGGUUUGAAAGAGGAAGAAGAAAGGAGAGGAGAGAGAGAGAAAGAAUAAGAAGAAGGAAGAAGGAUGAGCAAGGAAAGGAAAGGAGGAAGAAGAUGAAGUUUGCGAGAGAACCUAGAUCUGGGUUUGCAGA